AUGCUGGCCAGAAGCGCAUCAAGACUUGGUCUAUCGAUACCGCGUUGGGCUGGAACAAGUAACGUCUGUCGUCCGACCAUCUUUACUUGUCACGUUCCUUCUAGCGUGCGCGACUUUCACCUGGAGUCGAAGGACAUCCCCGAGUUCCUCUCGAAAGCUGGUGCGAGCAUUGCUAGCUGCGUCAAGAUCGAAUCGAGCUCUAACACAUUGCCUAUCUGCGACCAAGGCGUGGCAGUGCUCAUCUCAGCCGAUCGAGACCCACAAUCAUGGCCAGCUGAUGCUGACGCCCGCACUGGCAACUUCUUCGGUCCGAGCAUCCUAUCGGCUCGUGUCUCCUCUCUCGCCCCGCUCGACAAGACGUACUUCGGCAGAGGAGGUCUAGGACUUCUCAAGCUUCGUCAACAGAAGCCUGCAUCGAUUUCUCAUGUGGCUGUACGAUCCAACACCUCGUCGCUCGCCGAAAGCCAGCUAAUAUCACUUGUUCACGGCUUGGCAAGCAAAGAGGCUCAAAAUGUUAUUGCAGCAAUGUGGAAGGUCUUUGAUCAGUACGAAGGCCUUUGGUUCAGCUUCACCCUUGUACCUGCUCAAGGCGAUACUGAGGUUAAAGUGGUAGCACCCUACAUGGAGUUUGACGAUUUCGCCGUUCGUCGUCAACCGCUGCUCAAGCCGUACUUCGAAUCUCGUCCUCGCCACACCAACACAGCACGUGCCGAAGACAGUGGCCUGUUUUUCGUGAAACUCUCCGAUGUGGAUGCUCCAACUCUUACGCAAGCGUCUGAUGGCAAAGAGCUACCAGAGGGCAACAUUGGCUGCUUCGGCUACGGUGCCGGCAACGCCAUGGCUACAAUGGAUGGCCUGAAUGUGGCAGGUGGUCGACCAGCCAACUUCCUAGAUGGCGGGGGAGGAGCCAAUCGCACCAACGCCAAAUUAGCCGUGGAGACGCUAAACAGAGAUCCGGCAGUGAAAGCGAUCUUCAUCAACACGUUUGGCGGUAUCACUCGAACAGACAUUGUCUCACAAGGCAUCAUCGAUGCUGUUAAGGACGACAAGAUUACCAAGCCGAUCGUGGUGAGGAUGAAAGGCACCGGUUCGGAAGACGCGGCCAAAGUUCUGCAGGCUUCUGGGCUCGAGUUCGCUUUUCACGAUGAUUUCAAUGCUGCUGCUGCCCAUGCUGUCAGGGCUGCCAACCAGGGUCAUCUCUGA